AUAAGAAAAUAGUCGUUGUACACCUGCAGUAUGUGUGUUAAGUUGUUUUUUUUGUUGUAUUUUUAAAGACAACAAGCGCAUGAGCAGCUCUUAUAUAAGCAAGACUUCAAAUUGCUUCUACCCACACCUACAUAAUUUAAAACGGAUUAAUUCCUUAUUCAAGUGCUUCCAAAUUGCAUUUAAUCACCAAACAAUGACGUGACAUCGGUGUCUAAAUAAAGCGGUCAUUGAUGGCAUUACGAUAAGGCGAAAAUCAUCUGUUGUUUCACGUCAAGGAUUCCAAUUUUCAACGAUCUAAUAUUCUUUCGUCAAACGUUCGAGGUUGAUUUUUAUCUUUGCUAUAUGGUUAUAUAAUGCACGUUCCACGUUGAUGUGCCAGUUUCAAAACCUGCGGCAGCCGAGCGUUGGUUUUCUACUUAAGAAGGUCAACGUAUUGAUAUCGUCUGUAUUGAAAAUUGAUAUUUAACUAUAAAAUAAGUCAAACCACAAUUUGCAGACAAAUAAAUCAACGGACAAACGCAAAUACCCAUUCACCUUUUGCAUUUUUUUAAAGUUAUAUUUUGUAUAUUCCUGAAUAAAAAACUGCUUAACCAUAAUGUCGAGUACAACGUUGAUGAGCCGGGUUGGAAUUUUAAUUGUUGUGAUCAUCUGCCUGCAACAACAACAACUUACACAAGGUAUUCCGCUCAGCGAAGAAAUUCAGGAGCUACUGAAAAAUCGUGUAAAUGAAGCGGACAGCAGUGACAUAAGUGAUUAUUAUGAUCAAGGACUUGCGGAAGGAAACGGAGAUUCAAGCGAGUUAUUUCUCUGGUUUAUUUACAAAAGCUUACUGGCAGAUUUGAAAAAAACAGGAAAGAAUAACGUCGAAGUAGAACAACGUAACAAGUUGCUUUACCCAUCUGUAAUUAAGAAGAGCCGUCACCCGAAGUUGUAUUUUCCGGGCAUCGUCAAACGUUCUGUGCAGAGCGGUACGGAAAACAAGCAAACGGAUGAAACAACGUUUUAAAUAACAUAUCCUUCACAUUGUGUGGAAAAUUAGAAGCCGAUAUAUUUUCAAUGUAUGUGCCCGGUUGUGUAUUAACUCUAUGUUUAAAACUGUGGGUAUAUUACGAGACCAAUAUAAUUUUUCCUGAAAUGCAUUAUGUAUCAAUCUUCCGUUUAAACAGUAGUUAUAUUACAAGACCAAGAAGUUUAUUCCUGAGUUGAUGAAAUACGGGAUGUUUAUAUGCACGUACAUUGUAUACUGAUAUCUGAUAAAAACUAUAAUGUUUUUAGACUAAACAUAUACUUUUGACGUCGUCGUGUUGUAAAUUCAUUAAAUAAAAACCACAGAAUUAACUUUU